CUUCCCCAGCUCACACAAGCAGCUCUGGCAGGCUUGGGAGAAGAAAGGCAGACAAAAGCCUUUGAACCUGGGACACAGCCUCUGUUCAGCAGGAGUGCUAGCACACAGACCCGAAAAGAUGGUGCUAGAUCUUCUGGGACGCUUUCCUCUCCUCCUAUUGCUACUGGGACUAUGGGCGCCAGUACGUCCACUUUAUGCUUGGCCUAAGAAUCUCACCAAGGCUCAUUGGUUUGAAAUUCAGCAUAUACAGCCAAGUCCUCUCCAGUGCAACAGGGCAAUGAGUGGUGUCAAUAAUUACACCCAGCACUGUAAGCCUCAAAACACAUUUCUGCAUGACUCUUUCCAGAAUGUGGCUGCUGUCUGUGAUUUGCUCAACAUCAGCUGCAAGAAUGGUCGGAACAACUGCCACCAGAGCUCAAAGCGUGUCAACAUGACUCACUGCCGACUCACUGCAGGGAGGUAUCCUAACUGCCACUACAGUGGUGCUGCCCAAUACAAGUUCUUCAUUGUUGCUUGUGACCCCCCUCAGAAGAGUGACCCUCCCUAUUGCUUGGUUCCUGUACACUUAGAUAGGAUUGUUUAAGGUUUUCACCACUUUUCAUUUGAUGCAGAUUCUCUCAUGAUUUCUUCUGCUUUUUCUUUUCUUUUGUUGAUUUUUCUGUUCCCACAGAAGAAGGAAGGUGUUAGGAGAAUUAGAAUGCCUAGGACACCAGACCAGAAUUAGGACAAAAAAAGAAUUAUUUCCUGCUUUGGAAUUCCAUGUGUUUUGAGAGAAGGCAAAAGAGAAAAGAGCACAGAAGAGUCCAGGCCUCCAGAUUUUUAACUUUGGGAUUUUGCCAAACUUUAUUGUCCUAUGUUCACAGCAAUAAAACUACUUCCUGAUGCUUUCUAA